AUGACCAGGCGAAGUGAAUGGUGGACGCUGGUAUUCGUGUACCUGAUGGUCAGUCACCACACCAUCAACGCUAAAUCCGUUCAUGGAGUUCUCAGAAAAAGCGUAUUACGCAAUAUAUAUGCUAAACUUGAACCAGGAACGGUACCAGAUAUUCAUUUUCGCCGCGAUGCUGUUGCUGGUAUACAACCCCAGGUCGUUGAGACGGUACAAGUCGAGACGGAUUCGGUGUCACCUUCAGAGGACGAUAAGGCAGGCAAAGCAGCCCGUGACAUAGCUCCACCGGGGCCAGCGCCAAUGACGGGGAAUGAUCUUGGGACUCGUCGCCGGGAAGUCAUCAUUGACGACGUAUACGUGUGUGAAGACUAUGAUUACGACUCUCUGGGCUGUACAGACGAAGACUGUUCAUCCGAGUGUGAUGAUUGGAUACAACAUCAUGGAGAUGACGAUUUUCUGUUGAAUGAAGACGGUGAAUGCAGCAUGGACUUCGAAGAUUUUGAUUUCGAUUUCGUCUUUCAAUUGAUGCUCGAUGCUGAUGAAUGCGAUGAAUUUUGGGCAAAUGAAGAAAAUGACUGUGAAUUCGGUACGUUAGAGGAAGCCAAAGAUUACUGGUGCGAAGAGGAAUAUGUGAUAGAACCCUUUGUUACUGAGCCUCCCACUGAGCCACCAACUGAACCGACUGUAGUUACUGAACCUCCUACUGAGCCACCCACUGAACCACCCGUUGUUACUGAGCCUCCCACUGAGCCACCAACUGAACCCCCUGUUGUUACUGAACCUCCUACUGAGCCACCCACUGAACCCCCUGUUGUUACUGAGCCUCCCACUGAGCCACCCACUGAACCGCCCGUUGUUACUGAACCUCCUACUGAGCCAUCCACUGAACCCCCUGCCGUUACUGAGCCUCCCACUGAGCCACCCACUGAACCGCCUGUCGUUACUGAACCUCCUACUGAGCCACCCACUGAACCCCCUGCCGUUACUGAGCCUCCCACUGAGCCACCCACUGAACCCCCUGUCGUUACUGAGUCUCCCACUGAGCCACCCACUGAACCACCUGUUGUUACUGAGCCUCCCACUGAGCCUCCCAGUGAACCCCCUGUCGUUACUGAGCCUCCCACUGAGCCACCCACUGAACCCCCUGUCGUUACUGAGCCUCCCACUGAGCCACCCACUGAACCACCUGUUGUUACUGAGCCUCCCACUGAGUCUCCCAGUGAACCCCCUGCCGUUACUGAACCUCCCACUGAGCCACCCACUGAACCCCCUGUCGUUACUGAACCUCCCACUGAGCCACCCACUGAACCCCCUGUCGUUACUGAACUUCCUACUAAGCCACCCACUGAACCCCCUGCCGUUACUGAACCAGUAGUUACGACGGUAGAUCCCGACGACGAUGAAGUUGUUAGUGGAAUUGAAUCGUCUUGUGUUCCUCUCGGAGACCAUAAUGCUAUUAAACUUAACAGCAAUUCUGGUUGGAUUGUACUCGCUGCAAAUGACGGAGAUUGUUACCUGACUGUGAAUCUGGUCAAUCCUAUGCUAAUUAUCGGUGUAGAUAUUCAAGGGAGACACGAUGCCUCGGAAUGGGUAACGUCGUUCACGGUUAGUUAUAACACGUCCGAUGACACCGUGGUGAAUAUAAGUGACAAGGACGGUAAUACACAGGUGUUCGACGGCUCGAGCGACCAAGACACAAUAGAGCGUGUAAUAUUUCCCCAAGCGAUCGAGACAGACACGGUGACAAUCACUCCGAUGUCACAUACGGGUGACUACACCUCCAUGAGGCUGGCUCUUCUGACGGAAGUAGUUAAGCAAGACGAGACGGAUCCAGUGAUCGUGCACUCAGAUGACACAAGCUACCAACAGUGUUCAGCGGGACUAGAAAAACAGACAAUUUACGAUUGGCAAAUAUAUGCAUCUUCUUGUCUGCCUGAAGCCCAGUCGUCAAGAUGUCGCUUGAAUGAGGUGCACGAAACGGGACGAAGCGCCUGGUGCGCAGAUCCUACAGCUGAGGGCGAACAAUUUUUAGUCGUCCAGUUCGGUUACAACACUGACUAUUCGGUGAAAAUUCGGCCUGUCACAGGUAUAAUUACACAGGCGCAGGGUGAUGCAGAACACUGGGUGCACACAUUCACUUUACGAUACAGAGUCGAAGGAAUUGGUUCGCCAUGGGUUGAUUACACGGAGAAUGGAGCGAUACGGAUCUUUACGGGUAAUUCAGACGGUCAGAAUCUCGCGGUAAAUACGCUAACCGAGCCGUUCGAUGCGAAUGCUGUACAGAUCGUGCCAGCAAACUUCCACAACGAAAUGUGUACCAGAUUGGAGAUAUUGGUCGCCGACAUAGACGGCUGCUAAUAAAUAUAACCUGUCUUGUAUGUAUAACUACCAAAUAAAAUAUACUCGUAACUCAGCCAUUACACACCACAAUAUCGCGAGUUUUUAUGGUGUCAGUGUGACCACGUGUACAUGUAUUCGUAGUGGAACAAAUAAAAGUCACGUUGCAUAA